AUGACGACCUCCGCAAUCUUCGAGAAGCUGGCGUUACAUGCUCCUCAUCUGUCAGGCCGACAUGUGAUCCCUGCCUUGCCCGCCUUCAUUUACGGAACGGCAUGGAAAAAGGAGGCCACCGCUGACCUCGUCUACCAGGCCCUCUGCAACGGUUUCACAGCCAUUGACACGGCGGCUCAACCCAAGCAUUACCGAGAAGAUCUGGUCGCCGCUGGCAUAUCUAGAGCAAUCAAAGAUGGCACGAUCAACCGAUCUGAGGUCUACAUCCAAACCAAGUUCACCAGCGUGGGAGGUCAAGACCUAGACAAUAUGCCAUAUGACCCCCAAAGUCCGCUCAGAGAGCAAGUGAAUGCGUCGGUCAUCUCGUCCCUCAAGAACUUCAACUUUGCGGAUGUGGUCAAGGGUGACGAAGUGACACAGCCCUACAUCGACACGCUCGUUCUACACUCACCUUUACCGACCAUCAAUGAGACUAUGGAAGUCUGGCACACGUUAGAGCAGUAUGUGCCCAACGAGAUCCGGAACCUGGGUGUUUCCAACUGCAACCUGUUUACUUUGAUGGACAUCUACGAGCGCGCCCACAUCAAGCCGAGCGUGGUCCAGAAUCGAUUUUAUCCAAAUACCAAGUUUGACAUUGGAGUUCGUCAAUUCUGUAGGGAGCAGAAUAUCGUCUAUCAGAGCUUCUGGACUCUGUCGGCCAACCCUAACCUCGUCUGGUCCAGUGAAGCGGGUGCAUUGGCCAACCAGCUUGGCAUCAGUCCCCAGUCUGCAUUGUACUGUUUGGUGCUCGGGUUGGGGAAUGUGACUGUCCUCAACGGGACAAAGAGUGAUCAGCAUAUGCAGGAGGAUUGGCGAGCUGUCAAGAUGGUGAAGAAUUUUGCCCAAGCUCACCCCGAAGGAUGGGAAAAGACAAUGGCGGGCUUCCGAAAGCUCAUCGGACAGCCCAAGGCUUAG